GGUAUAGUAAGAAUAUGGCUCCUCAUUUCUCUUCCUUUUCUUCUUCAUUAUUGAUAUUGCUAUUAGGUUUUAUAUUUCACAUAGUUGAUGGAACAGAUCAAAUACUAAGUGCUCGUCUUCAUGUUGAUCUGAAAGCUCUCCAGCCCAAAGAUUCUUGUUCGCCUUCGGUCAAAGGAGCAGGAGUGAGCUCCGGUACAAACUGGACAAGCCUUCGCGUGGUUCACCGGCACGGCCCGUGCUCGCCGUUCGCCGGCCAACAGAAGCAGCUAUCCCAUGCUAAAAUACUCGACCUCGACCAAGCCCGCGUUGAUGACAUCCACCGCCGCGUCUCGCACUCCAAGCCGCUCGCCGCCUCCGACUCCGCCGCCUCAUUACCGGCCCGCAGCGGCGCAUACAUCGGCAGCGGCAACUAUGUCGUCACCGUCGGUUUUGGCACUCCGAAGAACGACCAGACCGUCAUCUUCGACACCGGAAGCAGCAUCUCUUGGAUCCAGUGCCAGCCCUGCGUGUCCUGCUACGAACAAGAAGCUCCCCUGUUCGACCCCUCCCGCUCUUCCACCUACGCCAACAUCUCCUGCGGCUCCUCGUUCUGCGAUGAGCUCGGCAAUGCCACAUGCUCUGGCUCCAACUGCAUGUACGGCGUCAAGUACCUCGACAACUCGUCCACCUUCGGCUUCUACGCGCAGGACACGCUCACUCUCUCCCCCGUUGACAGCAUCCCCGGAUUCCGCUUCGGAUGUGGCGAGAGAAACAUGGGCCUUUUCCACGGAAAUGACGGGCUCCUCGGCCUAGGCCCUCUGAAGCUGUCUCUCGUAUCACAGACGUACACCCAGUACGGCGGCGUCUUCUCAUACUGCUUGCCACUCACCUCCAGCUCCGUCGGCUACCUGGCCUUCGGUAGCUACCCCGCCGGCAAUCUCAUGCUCACGCCGAUGCUCUCCAAUGCAAGUCAACCUGCGUUUUACUACCUUGAAUUGACAGGCAUCAGCGUGGAUGGACAACUGCUCUCGGUGCCUCCCUCUAUUUUCGCCAACACCGGAACCUUCAUCGACUCCGGCACGGUGAUCACACGGCUUCCGGCGACGGCAUACUCCGCACUCAGGUCAGCCUUCCGGCAGAGAAUGACAGCAUACAAGUCUGCACCAGGGGCUGAACUGCUAGACACGUGCUACGACUUCAGUGGCUCCGGCGGCCAAGUGAGCAUCCCGACAGUGGCGCUACACCUGGGCGGUGACGUUACCAUUAACCUGAUGAUGGCCGGAAUUCUCUUCACAGUGAACUCAUCCCAAACGUGCCUCGCGUUUUCUAGCAAUGGAGACGACACCCGCAUGGGUAUCCUGGGGAAUACUCAACAGCGAGGCUUCAAUGUUGUCUACGAUAUCGACAACAAAGUCAUUGGGUUUGGCCCUGAAGGUUGCAGUUAGAUUGUAUCAAAUCCAUACUAGCAACGUCAUGUCCGAUACUACUAUAUCUAACGGGUAUCUUCAUCUAUAACCAUUAAUUCCUUCAUAUGCAACAAGAAGAGAUAGAAGAUUUCAGAUGAAGGUUCAAUAUAAAAGGGAAUGGUGUGCACGCCCAAACUAACAUCCACUUGACUACCUGGGAAAGUUAGAAACAAGAGAGAAGGAUCAAACACCAUAUAUAGUGCAGCGCACCACUAUGGUCUCCCUGUUUUAGUGUAGGCCUUCACCUUGUUUGGUUGUUUUGGAUUCAUCGCCUAGAUGACCUCGCAAACCCAAACUCAAGUCCAGAUCAUAAGCUGUAUUUCCUAACUCUGACAAUGUUUGAUCUUUGCUUGAGGCCCGGAGUGGAAUAGCUAUAGUACUGCUCAUGAGAACUUAAAAACUCUUCCAUCGAGAAGCCAAAAUUCAUCAGCAUGCACGAGAGCUAUAUCAAAAGGCAGAUCAUAGAGAUAAUCUAAACUAUGCUUUGAACAAAUUAUUGAUAAACAAUUGGUAGGAUAACCAGUUUGGAUAAUGAUUGCAUGAACUUAUCCU